AUGAAUGUAUCAACAAGUGGGUCAAUGCAGUUCACUGCGAAUGAGAACAAAUGGAUCGAUUUCAAUACCGGACUGCCUGUCGCUGGUUAUGUCGCCCCUGGGGCAGAAGACCUGUAUCCGGCUCUGCAGAGGUAUCUCGAUGUCCUCGAGAAGUAUGAGGAUUUCUUGCUACCCGACUAUUCCAAAUUCCCCGAGCCAACAUCCAUCCCAGAGGAUCUGCUGAUUACCUUUGGCGAGCUCGUGGAGAAGUACGACCUUGAGGCUGCUGUUCCCCAGAUUUGGGACUCCACUGCCCAGGGCCUUGGUGACACCAUGGGUGUGCCUGCGAUCUGGGUAAUGCAAGCAAGCACGACCCCCAUGGUCCGCGCGUUGCUGGGGACAGCCGCUGCAGCUGUACCACCCUCUGGCCGCCUUUAUGAUCUUUACGAGAGCGUUGCCGAGUUUCUCGGAAAUGAUGUUCUGUAUUCAAACACGGUCGUUAGGGCGACCCGACAGGAAGGCAAGGGUGUUUAUCUCACCACGAGCGAUACCAACGGCAAGAUAUCUUGCAUCAAGGCCAAGCGCCUCCUCAUUGCCUUUGAGCCCACCGCCGAGAACCUCAAGCCAUUCGCCAUUGACGAGACAGAGGAGGACGUCUUCAAUGAGUUCGAGUAUUCUACAGUCUACGCCGGCAUUCUACGACACCCAUCUCUGCAGAUCUUCACUGCGUACUCUAACAGGUCCCCGGCUCCCGGAUCUACAAACUACACCGUCUUUCCCGUCGCCUCUCAGGUUGGGCGCAUUGACUAUCUUGGUGGCACGAAAGAUCUGUUCCAAUUUACGGCCGUCGGUACUGAGGAUGAGACAGCCGAGAGCAUGAAAGAACUUAUUGCUCAGACCAUCGACACUCUGAUCGAGGCAGGAACUAUUCCUGCAUCCAACGGCACCCUCGAAUUUCUCACCUUUGCGAACCAUGGCAAAAUGCACCCUCAUCUAUCGGCUGAUGUUCUUCGCGGCGGCUUCAUUCAGAAACAGCUUGCCCUCCAGGGUCGUCGUUCUACCUGGUUCACCGGAUCAGCCUUUUCCGCUCCCUUCUCGACCGUCUUAUGGGAGUACAAUAAUGUCCUGUUGCCCAGCGUGAUCGAGGGAAUAUAA